AUGUCAACCGACGACCAGAGCUCCCAGGCGACACUGGGGACGAGUAAUUCCACAAUUGGUGAAUCAUCGCUUACGAAUUAUGUGAUUCUAGACCGUCAUGAUUAUGCUAGUUCUACUGACUCCAAUGACCAUACUUCUGUACCAACUACUACAAACGAUGCUAAUGAAGAUAACGGUUUUGAUACCUCCAAUAACAAUUCCGAUGAUGACCCACUUGAGGUCCGAAGACUUGCCCUUACAUUUGAUUACCUUAUGUAUAAGAUUCAAGACCACGUAACAGGUCUCUCUGAUGCAGUGACUCAGAAUGUCGACUAUACCAAGAAACAGCGACAACUUGAACUUUCGCAGAUUAACAGGGAUAUUCACGAUGCUCGCAAACUCAUCAGCGAAUGCAAUUGCAUAAACUUGGAGAUAGACAAAUUGGAGCAACUACAACUAAUGACACGUGACUUUAAAGAGCGACUCACUGUCAUAGACAGCAGGACGAAAACGCAUGAUAGGAAGUUCUCCAAAUGA